CAAAAAGAAUUAUGCCUUUAAUUGCACCACCGCCAAAACCUGGUCGGAUACGUGUUUACCGAGUGAUUGAUAACUUUUUACAAGAUGAGUAUAAUCCACUAUCAUUAACUAUUGAUGAUAUUGUUUAUUUACGCGAAACAAAAGGAGAUGCUUUUGAAUUAAAAUGUCCCCAAAAGGGCUCAUCAUUGUCAGAACUCUACAAAAAGGAAAUUGUUGAAACAAAAUUGGAGCUUAUUGAAUUCCCUUUACACGAAGCUGCCAAAAUGGGGGAUUGUAAUUUUUUAAGGGAAUGUUUGGAAAAUAAGGUAUCCGUAAAUAGCCUAGAUCGAUCCUCUUCUACAGCAUUACAUUGGGCUGCCUAUACGGGACAUUUUGAUAUUUUGGAAAUUUUAUUGACAAUUUCUAAUGUUGCCAUAUCAGCACAAAAUAAAUUGGGUGAUACCCCUCUACAUGCUGCUUCCUCCAAAGGUCGAAUUGAAUGCGUCCAAUUACUCGUCGAUUCUGGAGCUAAUUUACAAAUAAAAAAUUCGCAGGGGAAACGUCCUAUUGAUGUAGCAAUAAAUCCAGAGAUUGCUUCUUUUCUACAAACAACAAUGUCGGAAAGGGGGUUAACUGAAUUGGAAGCUGCUGAUUAUUUGGGUGAUGAAGAAGAUGAGGAAUCCAUUGGUGAUUAA